GCUGUGCGUCUCUCCAUCAUUUCCAAUAUCCCAGUGUAGGAGAACCAGCAGAGGCAGAGAACUAAUGGGUAGGCUUCUUAUUCUUAUUUUUCUUCAGCUCACAAACGCUCCGCUGCUCUCGUUGACCACUGUUUCAGCUCCGGAGUGCAUUCUCGGGGAUGCCGGGGUAAGAAGGGCCUGUUUGGGGUUGAAUUUGGCGCAGACAGAAACGUUAAAGCGUCUCUCUCUCCCUCUCUCUCUUCUUCUUCGCUCUCUCUCUGCGAACGCAACGGCUCUUAGCUAGCAUGCUAAGCUAACCCGUGCUAACUCGGCCCUGGCCCUGGCCUUGCCUGGCCCCCUUUGGGCUCAAAACCCUAACGCGGGCCCAGCUGCUUUUUACUUCGACAUUUUGAAGUCGGAACCCGUCCCUUUUGUCCUCGGCGCGAGCGAGCCCGGUUCCGGCGGGUGAAUUAACCGUUAAACGGUAAUUAGCGUAGCCGAGCUCGCGCUCUGAUUCAUUUUCCUUACAACAAGCUAGCAGGUUACCUAGCUGCUAACGGUAGCCGGACAGCUGACGGUCUCCGAGCUAACUGAGGGUCUGAGGGUCUAAUGCAUCAAAAACAGGCAGACCAGCAGGUUUAAGAGCUGACACAGUCGCUCUGAACAGAAAAGCCCGCGGAUUAUUCACUUUUAGAUGCAUGUGAGUGAAAUAGACUGUAUUUAACAUCAUAUUACUCUGAUUACAACGUUAAUAAAGCAACACUUGGCAUAGUUGAUAGACCAGUCUGGCUAAUGUUCACAGAGCUAAUUUGCCAUUAUCUAACUCUCAGGCACCGAGGGUUGCUCUUGUAGUAAACUCAAGCUGUUGUCAUGUUGUGUAGUUGGAGAAAACAGUCUUGUCAUGUUGGGAGCAGCUGUCAACUUUGAAGGCUGCAGCAGGAUAAAGUGGCUAAUUUACCCCCAAAGCUAGCCUUAGCCUGCUACCAGGGGUUACAGCAAGAUUUAGAUGCCAGGCUGAGAAUUAAUGGAUUUAAUCUCAGCAGGUACUAAAAAGAGAAGUGGUAGAUACCUGUGAAUCAGGGGCUCAAUAAGAGGAGGCUGAAUCAUUUUAGUGUGGCACACUUAAAGUCUUUAUAUUUUUAAUCAUACUCCAGACACAGCUGAGGCUUUUUGCAGAGAAAAUACACAUCCUACGUCAGGGUGACAUUUUUAACAGCACACACAAAUAUACAGAGGAAGCAUGCUCUUCCUUGUCACAUUUUAACACCCAAACAUGGUCCUGAUUCAAGGUGACAUGAAGCAGCACCAGAGUUAUGCAAAAUACAGAUCUGAAAUAGUCACUUUAAUGCACCGUAUGCCACUCUUCAUGGUAGCCUGUCUGUUAAUUUCAGUUGGAGACAAAUAUCUGCAGAAAGAAGAUCUCUGUAUGAGUUAUUAUCAAAUGAACAUGACUUCGCCCUGAAGGUUUUGCAAAAGAAAUAUAUUGCACGUGCUGACAGUGUUAUGCUUUGUACCAGUGGUUGACCAAUACCAAUAAUUAGGGAUGAGCAAUAAAACGAUAACGAUACAUAUAUCCAAAAUUAAUUUCCCUCAAUAUCAAUAUGGUCAAUAUGCUUUUCGAUAGUCUGCAUUCCGCCAUGUUUUGGUCGAUUUUAAGAAUAGCCAAUGAAAAGGGGAGUUUCUCUGGGUCCGCUUCGUGCUGAACCAAUCAUGUGCUGAAUUAGAACCAAGUAACAAACAACUGCGUCAUAGCAGACAGCAGCUACACCCAACCAUAGCACUUUAACAGGUGAAGCCGACAGCACUGUUGGUGAGAAAAUUGUGGAGGUAUUUUUUUUUUUGAGGUCAGACAUGAAGCAGAGUAAUGUGCGCUGCAAAUUAUGUCGAGUACACGUUCUCACAAAGUCGAGAACAUGUACUCAAAUCUUUUUCACCACCUGAAGCAGCGCCACGCCACAGAGCACGCGCAACGCAAAAGGUUUACAAACCUGAGCAAAGCAAGGAGCCCAUGGCGCCUGUGCAGUCGAAACAGCCGACCAUUCAGUCCGCCUUACAACAAAAUGCCAGAGACACAAAGACCUCACAGAUGCAGUAGAUUAUUGUAUUGGAAAAGACAUGCAACCAAUAAACACUGUUACAUUUCAUUUUUUAUAUCGUGAUAUAUAUGGAUAUCGACUGAUGUGACAAAAAUAUAUAUUGUGAUAAACUUUUUCCAUAUCGCCCAGCCGUACCAAUAAUGUUAAUUGGUAAUUUGUUAGACUGAAAACCAAUUUAUGGAACAGAAACGCAUUUGUUGAAUAAGUGGUUUGAAGUGUUGGUAGUUUUCCCCCCAGUUCCCUUUAUACUGAGACUUUCUCUGCAUGAAGUGUACAGACGGCAGCGCAUUAGGUGAGACAGAGCCGAGUCUAGAGACCAGAGUGUCUUUCAGCACAUGUCAAAAGGUCUCCGUCAAAUUAAGACAAGUCCACUAAAGAAACAGUUUGCCAGGGUUGAUGUUAACUAAUGUUUCUGCUCAUGUGAUGCCAUACUUUACAAUCCUAGAAUCUGUUUCAGCAUUAGCCAAAAGCUUUUGUAAUCAGACGUCAUAGUUGUUGAAAGAAGUUCUUACAUUGUGGUAGAAAUUAGCGCUUUAGGAUGUGUUAAGAAACUCAUAGUUAGAUUAUUUUGGCAGAUAUUGUAAGAUUCAUCAUGAUAAGUAUGUAUUAGCACGUUGUGUGUGCCGUUUUUCAUUUGCACUGAAAAAAACACGUUAAACUGUGAUGUAGUGAUGCUUGUUGGAGUGUGUACCAAAAAUGUGUUUUAGUACAUCAGGAAAACAACACUGAUAAGGCAGGAACAAUUUUGCAGCACCACAGAGCUCCAUCAUAAUACUCUGUCAUGACACAUACCUUUGUCUAGUAUUACAGUGUCCAGCAACUUAACCAUGUUGUGAUUUCACUAUUUUUGAUUAAUGAAUUUGUGCAGCUUCAUCAGAAAUGUAAAAAAAAAAGGAAACAGUCUUUUUUACAAUGGAAAAUUGCAUCUAAAAGCACAGAUUUACUGAACCCAAAGUUGCCUGAAUGUAAAAAGCUUGAUGAGCACAUUAUUUCUUAACACUGAACAGAUAUUUUUAAUUGUAGUUUACAUUUUUAAUUUAAGGAUAUCGUCAUUUUGGAGUUAAAAUUUCAUAUCAGCCUCAGUGACAAACACUAAAAUAAGGAUACUGUCACAAUAAGAGUAAAAUGUGAAUUCUAGUGCAGGGUGGACUGGUGUUCUUCACAGUAAAAAACAGUGUUUAUGUUUGAGUAUCUAUUUUAAUAUCGACCAAGAUGAGUUAGAAAAUACUGACCCGACUACCAUUGACAGAAUCCAGUAUCACGCAGCGCUAUCUUCAGCGGUUGUUUUUGCAUUUUUCAAUUUUAUCUGCAAUCUACAAAACGUAAAGGCAAUGUGUGAUGUUCUGUAACCAUUAUGUUUCUAUAAGAUCACUCUAAAAUGCACAACAAAUGAUAUCCUGUUACCAUUUUGCCACCAAAUGUUUGUUACCCACUGCAUUACCACAACACAAAUCACUUUAAUGGCACAUGAACAUGAGAGAAAUGAAAAAAUACUUUGAACACAAGCUUCUCGUUUGCACAUAUUCCUCAAAAUUUAGACAUUGAGAGCAUUUUUCAUUUACAUAAGCCUCCAUGCUUAAUGGACCGCAAAUUUAGUUACUCAACCUUUGGCUGCGCUUCCACUUGUCAUGUUGAUGCGAUUUCUUAUCAAAGCCUUUUUUUUCUUUCACAGACUGCAUUGCUGUAAGUCCUCUGUAUUUAUGUCUUUCGCUGCAUUAACUUCCCUCCUUGUUCCAUACUGACUGUAUGAAGUUAGCAGCUGGAUUGAGUCCAAACACUGAAGCAUUCCCAUCAAAACGCAGGGCCAAAGAUUGUUCCCUCUCCCCCCAAAUAUGUGUUGAAUGUUUUGUUGGGGAGAAAAAAAUGGGGUAUGCUUUUGUGUGUUUCUGAUAAGGUCAGAUCAACCUUCUCUGCGUUACAAAAUGUACGACAUGCUCUCUGUUUCUAGUCUUGUCUCAAAAUCACAGACCUCGGUGACUUUGCAGUAGCAUUAUCAAACUCCACGAUACCCUUUUUGUCAUUUAUAGCUGACAUUUCUCCCCAGUAUAAUUUCUGAUGGUGGAAUGAUGAUGAUGAUGACAAGUGUCUGUGCCCUCUGCAGAAUCAACUCGUAGAUCCAAACAUCUACAGAGUAGGAGAAGGACACAUAAAGAUUUUGGUGUCCUCCUGGUGCAACUUUGGCUUCAGGAGUCAUGAGCAUUUUCAGGGCAGAAAAAAACGCAGCAUUGGGGUUGAAAUCAUGUCAGAAAUCUGCAGUCAAUGUUCACUUUUAUCCGCUGCCUCUCUUCUUCUUAACUCUGAGUUAUUUCCGAGGCGUUAAAUCUCUUCUCGUCGCAGUCUUCUUGCCUCUUGUUUUUUGGCACAAGUUCUUUACCCUCUACCUCUUUGUGCCAUAUCUGCAAACAUUAGAAACAACAUAUCUGAAGACACUAUGACCCUGACAUAUAAAAAGGUGGCCUGCUGCAGCUAUGGUUUAGCUGUAGAAAAUUACAUUCAUGUGCUUUACAGCUAUUUGGUAGUCCUGUAGUGCAUAUCCUAAAGUGCAGCGUAGGCUCUAGAGCUUUAUUGCAAAAUAAAACUCUACACAUCGGUGUAUUAUAGUCACACUGCAUUAUCCGCAUGUCCUUUUUUCUCUCUAAGAGAUACACACAAAUGUCCAAGAACAUACUAAAAAAAUAUGUAUCAACAUGCAGUAAAAGGUUACAGAUUUGCAAGUGCAGGUAUUUAUUUUGGAUCUGGUGGAGGAAACAUCGGAGGGGAAGGGCAGUGAAAUGAUGUUGGGAUUUUAGAUUCAAUUUUGUGCUUUCACAUCAGCAAGGUGGCAGAUUUAAGAGCAGUUGCUCUGCCAAAGGUUGAGAUGAAAUCAUUUGGCAAAGGUACAAAUGUAAUUUUUAAUCAAAAUGACUGAUUUGAAUCCGGUCCAGGACUUUUGCUGCACAUUACCUCCUUCUCUUAGUCACCCUCUGUCUGAUUCAAGCAAACAAAGACCAAAUACCUGAGCGAAACCUCUCAACAUCAGGGUUAAACAUUUGGCAACGCAGGAGACUUUAAAAACGGCGAUUCUUCACAAGCUCUUGUUGUAGAAGCGUUUUGGCUUCGAUGUGGAUGCAACAAAAGAAAUCGUAUUUUUCAGUUACCUCUGCAUUUUCUAAACAUGGACUCGUGGAAAAUGAGAUUUUAAUGAUGUGCUGGUUGUGAUAGGACAUGAUGCACCUCUCCUGGGAUGAUGAGGUGUGACUGUUGCUGCUGUGUGUAUUUCCAGAUAAACGGCGUACGUUUAAGUGCUGCUGCCUUGUUUUUUACUGUGCCAUGGUACCUCUCUUCCUCUGUGGUGGUGUCACUGGGUUUGGUCUCAGCAGCUCACAGGGCAGUUAUGAGUCAGCAGCACCGGCGGCUGAGAGGAGGCUUUGCAUGAAGCUCCUUCACUCACGUACAGAGUUCAGCCCGAUUUAACAGCUUUGAUGGGCUCCCACCAGUGUUUGAAAUUCUCUGUCUGAGAGACGGGGGAAGAAAUACUGCCAAUAUUUUAGUGUGAAAAUAAAUCUUUCCACUGUGCUGCAAAAUUUAAUUAAAGAAUUUGUUUCUUUAACAAAAUUCUUAUAUCUCACCACGCUGUUAAGAUGUGUUGAAACAUUUUUAAUGCUGUAAUGCAGUCAUUCUGUAGGCCUGGUUAUCUAAAGUGAGAUCUGCUGCCUAUCCUUCUGUUUAUUGUAGAGCAGGAUGUAAUGACGUCCCCUAAUGUAAAAAUUCACCCUAAUAUUUUUUUCUAUAGUACACCUCCAUUUUAGAGCCCAUAUAACAAAAACAUCUCUGUACCUGUGGUUAUUUUGCUCCUGAGUCAAAUCUUUAAUAACCUAUAGCUGUUGUACAAAGAUGGUUUACACUCAUCUUGAUUUUCUACGCAUGAUUUACAUUCCUUCAUUUGAAAUGUCAAAAAGCAUGCCGUUGAAAUAUAAGAAGCUGUUCCUCUGUAGGUAUUCAGAUCUGUGUUAAAACAACAUGAGGGGCAACCAAGGUGGGCAUGUGUGGCCUUAGCUCUGUUGAGACAAUGAAACAUGAUCCAGGGACUCCAGUAUGAGCCACAUAACAGAUUUUAAAUCUCCAAAAGGUUCAACAGCACUUUGUAGUAACUUUGCUCAAGAUUCUUCAGCCAUUUUUUGUCCUUUUGUUUUUGUCUUUUUUCAUGUUGCAGAAAAUGAACCUUGGUGUUAAUGAAAGUUAAUGAAAUUGUGGUUUUUAACUCUUGAGCAUCAACCACUCACUCAUGGCCAUUUUUCCUCUGUCCUCUCGCCACAGGAACCAUGGGAAUACCACUACCCAACCGCGUUUGGGAACCAAGAUGUUAAACACACUCUACUUAUCUGACUGAGAGACUGUUUCUGAGACACCCCACUGGACAAAUGGUAAAACUUUCAAAUUAAAAGACUUUCUCGUUCUUCACUUUAUCAGACAAGAUGCAGUAAUGGAAGUCCACACACCAUUCAGCCCUGUAACCAUGACGCCGCUCAAAGGGUAGGGUCUGUCGUGAGCUCGCCUCACCCUACCCAAAAAACCCACUUCCCCAUCGGCUCCACUUGAGAGCAGAGUCCCACCCUGAAUCAUAAUCCUGCAGCUCUACCUGUCUCUACAACCCUCGCACCACCUCCUCCACCACCACGGCUUUGGAAGACGAACAUGACGAGCAUUUCGAAGACGCUGGUUGAUGUCUGAUAUAUAUCCCUUUGAGGUGUCGAGCGUAAAACCAGCGGAGCAAUGAAUGGCGGAAAGGACUGUGACGCAGGAGAUGAGAGGCAGGCCGUCCCUGUCCAGGUCCCCAUCGGCUGGCAGCGCAAGGCGGAGCACGGCGGAGGGGUCGUGUACGUUAGGUAAGUUCCCAGAGGAAUCAGACUUUGUAGAAGUCAGCACAAGCAGCAGAGUCCCUCCUGUCUCUCAAAUGUGGCGUAAUUUCCCUUUAAACUUCAACCUGAUCAACUUGCUGGAGAUGGAUGCUGAUCUGUGCUGUGCACAUGUGUUGUAGGGGAAAAAAAGCAGAAACCUUGAGCUGCAGAGAUUCUUACAUAUAACACAUAACAAAAUAAAAGACAUUGAAUUGCUCAGAUUGCAUCUAUCAGAUCAUCAAGGCUGCAGAAUAUAUCAGUAGUAAACUUCAUGUUUAUUUGUGUCAGGUAUUUUCGAUUGAUUAGCUCUGCAGGUGAUGAUUUGAGAAGCGGUGACUUUUGCUUGCGGUCUGGACCAGAAUCAUUCAUCAACGGUGUGUUUGCCAUCGAACAGCUGUAAAAACUAAAACCUGUUUGUUUUGGGAUGGUCAUUUUACUGUCCUUUUACACUUACAAAGUGGAGCCCACAGUUUUGGGGUCUAGUAAUACAACUGAAAUUGAACAAGAAGGUCUUUGCUUUAUUCGAUACACCCAAAUCUACAGGGAGACUUUUUCUAAUGGGUUAGAUCGUCUCGUCGACAUUGUGUCUUGCAGACUGGAAGUCGGUUUCCUCCAGCACGUGUGUUUACCAGCCACAAUGAACCAAAGCAGUUGGCUGGUGUCAGGUUUAUUUUGGGGGCUGGAAAGAAUCCUGUCUACUUCUGUGACCGUGGCCUGAUACUGUCACUGCACACAUGGAUUUGCUCCUGUGUAUUUAUUUUUUUUACAUUAAAAGUGUGUCUUUGCUGCAGGGAUGUCCAACUGUACACAUUUUCUGUGACUGAUGAUUCACCCUCUGGUUGUUAUGUCAACCUACCUCUGUCUCUGUUUGAUGGAAUCAGCAGAUGGUACAUGGUGUUCUUUUUUUGUUGAUGGGCAGUUUGAAAUGUUUCUCAGGAGAAUUUUUUAGGCUUUUCUCGACUUCUUUCGGCACUAAUGUCUUUCUGAUGUCUCAUGGGGAAAACCUGCUUGACUGCAGCACUGACCUUCUUGUAUCAUUCACAGUCUUUACUUUAAGUCUUUCAGUGUUCCUGCUUUUACAGACAAGAUAUCUGAAUAUCAGAAGUCGACACAUCCAUGAGAUCUUGGUCUUUAUUUCAAAGCCUCAUUUUGAACAUUUCGGCUGAUGCCACCUCGGUUGUUUUGGGGCAGAAGUGACAUUGUUGGAGAAAAAGGAACGGCCUGGUUUGAAACAAAAAUAUCAAACAAUCAGUGUUCAUGGCAGAGCAUCCCUGUUGUAUCACCUACUUCUUAUGCUUUAAUGUAAUUAAUGGAAAAGAAGUAAACCUCUUAUAAACGUUCAAAACUCGGACUCCUCUCUCCAAACCAGUGGAGUCAAGUAUCCCCCAUUGCUCGGUUGAUCUGGAAAGUGAGAAGUUAGUUUUUUUUAUUCAAACUAUCACUGCCCAGUAGCAGUACGGUUUCCUGUCCUUCAUAGCCACUAAAAACGCUCUCAGUUGUUACUUUAAUUCAUACAGCUGGAUGAAUUCCACUGUAGUGAAGCGCUGUUGAGUGGGAGGAUUUUACCUUUUGAUUUCAUGGUUGCAAGCCUGUAAAACCUGCAGCAGAACCUGCCUGAAGCAGCUGCUAACCCACCUUAAAAAAUCAUUUGUGUGUCUGUCAGCGGAGAAUUCCUCAGUGCAACGGUUUUACUCUUCUGAGUCAGGGAUAAAUCUGUGGUGGGAGAACGGUAUCUUUGUAGUGUUUCUGUUGUAAAAUGUUCAGGAGCUGCAGUCUGAAAGCACAGAAGUAAAACUAAAAAACUUCUUUUCAAACAACCCAACCAAGUGAAGAGGUGAAGUACGAUAUGUCAUCUGGAGCUACAACAGCUGGAGUUUCUUCACAUCCCUAAAAUUGUCUUUCUCUCCCUGCAGUCCCAGCGGCUCGUUGCUGUCCAGCUUGGAGCAGGUGAAGACCUACCUGCUGACAGAUGGAACCUGCAAAUGCGGCCUGGAGUGCCCACUCAUCCUCCACAAGGUAACUUUUUUUUCAUCCUGAUUCAUUUAAAACACAGCAGUGGGGCGGAGAGUUUACAGCUGCCUCUUAACUGAGGCUCCAGGAGACGGAAGUACGGAUCUGUAAAUGAAAUUAACAAAAUACUUGAGCUUAACAGAGAAGCCCUUCAGGGUGACAAACUCUCAAUCAAACCUAUAGACGUGACACGGUGCUUUAGUUCUCCAUAUGUCACACCCGGUCAGACUGUUUUCAUCAGUGUUUCAUGUCCAGGUAAAACCUUGAAGAUUGUCAUCUGAAGGCCUCCUUAGAUGAUAGCAUGAUAUUUAAAUUCAGAGCAGACGAUCAGCUCUUGACAUGUCCUACACUCAAGACCAGACACAUUUCAUAUUUGACAUUUCUGCAGCUAAAAACAAGAGAAAUUGAUGAGGGAGAAAAUAAACAUGUCUGAGAAGAGGAAAUUAUGUCAUACCAGUCAAUACCAAGGUUAAAACAUCCUCUGACAGGCUAUUGUUAAAAGUGAUGCUUUUGUUUCUGCGGAGAAUGAUCAGACAGUCACCUCUGCUGGUUUUGAAGGGUGGCUGUAAAAAGUUAGUUGUUUCGUCCUUCAGGGAGCGCUGUGGCUGUGGUCAGCUUGAAUGAGCGUCACUAUGAGCUCCAGAAGUGAGCAGUUUUCACGGCAGAGAAGAAUCUAAAACAUCCAGAGAAAGCUCUCCUGCACUGCUCUACUCUCUUCUUUACGCUCAGCAAUAAAGUCAAGCUUCCCUCUUGUGCUGAUGUGUGUGAAGAACCAAGCUACAAAUGUAGGGGGCAAGUAAGGAGUCCAGGGUUUCACAUUACACCGGAUAAUCCGACCAAUUAUCCUUCUUGAGGCUAAAUUUGUCCCCAACACACCACCGUCCGUCCUAUCAGGCCAUUAUCAGACUGAUGCUUUUCUGCUAUGGAAACAUGUGGACUCUGCUGCCCCCGUAGACUGUCUUCUGUAGAUUGGAAACACAAUAAUCUGAUCAUGUUUGAUUCUGUUAUUGUUUUCUCCCUCUCUAUUGAUCUUUGUACACCGUUGAACCAGCGUAAAACCGAUCCUUUCUGCUCUGAGACGUCAUCUCUUCACGAAGAAUGAGACAAACAAAGCUGUGAAGUCAUAUCUGAAUAUCCUUUUCUUCAGGUGUUCAACUUUGACCCCGGGGCGGCUGUCAAGCAGAGGACAGCAGAGGAUGUGAAAGCAGACGAAGACGUCACCAAACUCUGCAUUCACAAGAGGAAGCUCCUGGCGGUGGCCACGCUGCACAAGAGCAUGGAGACGCACCCCCCUCUGACGCUGACCAGCCCAGGAGGAGGUAUGACCACAUGUUUAUUUUAUUAACUUAUCUUUAAUCUCAUUUAUUGUUUUCAGUUCUCUUUUCCCUCAGAGUCAACAUGUUUGAUCUCAUGUUAAAUCGACCAAAUUUCCCUCUGGGAUAAAUAAAGUACUCUGAUUCUGAUUCUCAGAUAUUGGUGGUUUGUUGACAUUUGAAUUUGAUUGAGAUAGCUUGCCCCUUACUUUCAAACAACUUUACUGUUUCGCCAUAAUAUGUUGUUGGCAUUGUUCUGACCGAAAUCUUGUUUUGUUUCCUGUUAAGGUACAUCAUCUGUUGUCUCUGCCCAUUCCACGACUCAACGAGCAAUAAGGACGAAACCCCACGAUGGUCUGCCCAACGCUGUCGGCCCAGACUGCAAGAAUCCCUUCAAGAUGAUGAUAGCAGCUGGACAGCAGCAGCAGCAGAGGCUGUAUCCACCCCAGGAGAUGGGUGGAGCCCAGCAGCCUGAGCUUUACUCCGGGUACUCUAGGCAGCAAAGGAUGAGCGGUGGGGAGCAAGGACCCAAAUCCCCCUACCGGGUUGGGUAUGGAGGCAUGCUGAGUCCACCUCCCUCCAGUGCAAAGCUGUAUGGAGAAGGCUCACAGUCUCCCAGUACGGACACUCUAGGCAGCCCUGAGGGCUUUCCAAGGACCAAUCCUUGUGGGUUUCCAGGAGCUGGCAGUCCAGGCUCAGCCUCCAUACACGGGAACACUAGGACGCCCCUUUCUCCGCCCAGUGUAAUGCUUCACGGCUCUCCUGCGGGCCAGUCAUCCUGUGCCAUGACAGGAAGGACUAGCACACCCCUCUCUCCAACGGCCACUGCCAAAAGCCCCGUCAUGAACAUGAACAUGCCGCGGGGGAACUUCCCCCCUGGUAUGGAUAUGCCCCGUGCAGCAUUUCAUCACAAAACACAGCCCCCUGUGCAUCCCGUACCGCCUCCUCCAUCCAUACCGCCAUCCUGUGCUCUUCAGAAACGGCAGUUGACCUCUGAAAAAGACCCCUUAGGCAUCCUGGACCCCAUCCCAAGCAAACCAGUCAGCCAGCCCCCCAACAACGCCCAAAACCCCUCCAACUUCCAGCCUAACAUCCACUCUCAGGUACCAAUGAUGAAUGUAAACAUCCCCCCUCCAGCCAUUGUUCCCUUGCCAAGCAACUUACCUUUACCCACAGUGAAGCCUGGGCCUGUGGGACACGGUGGCCAUGUUCAAAGGACUCAACAGGGGGGUCCAGCAUCCUCUAUGUCCCCCUCCCCAGUCACUUCCCCUGUCCACAUGGCCGGGCCUGCUCUUGGGAGAAUGGAGGCCUCUCCUCAUCGCUCACGCUCGUCCUCCACCUCCUCUGACCACGGGAACUUUGCAAUGCCCUCAGGGCAUCAGGCCCCGUGUGGCACCAUGAAGGUCCCUCCUCGCUCCCCCAGGUCUGCCAUGGGAUCUCCCAGGCCAGCUAUGCCCUCCAGCCCCUCCACCAACAAAUCUGACCCACUUCACCAGUACAAAGACUCCCAGUUGCUGCCAGGGAUGGGAAACUCACUUGGCACCCAGCAGCACAGUAACCCCAUGUACUCACCCACCUCUUCCUCAUCCUCAUCCUCUUCUCUGGCCACCCCCAGCGCUUCCCAGAAGGGCCACCCAGGACUCCUGGGGAUGCCCCUCAACCAGAUCCUAAACCAACAGAAUGCUGCUUCCUUCCCCGCCAGCAGUCUCUUGUCAGCCGCAGCCAAAGCACAGCUAGCAAAUCAAAACAAACUCAGCGCUGCUGGCAACAGCACUGCUGGCAUGGCUGGUGGUGGUGUUGGUAUGGCAGGCGUGGGGGCAGGUGGGGGCGGUAAUGGAGGAGGUGGUGGGCACCCUGGUUCUAUGAGCGGCCCUCGAGGCAUGGAGGGACACAGCACUUUAAACUCAAUGCUCCCGCCAAACUCCACCAUGCUGCUCAACAGCCCAGAGGGCCAGAGCGGUCGGGCGGCUCUUAGGGACAAGCUCAUGGCCCAACAGAGGGACCCCAUGCGUAAACGGAGGCAGUCCUCAGGCGGCGCCGCUGUAAACCAUGAUAACAGUAACAACAUGGUCUACAGCAUGCUCAAUAAACGAGGCAUGGGAGGUCCUCACAUGCAGGGGCCCAGCGCCACCGAGCAGCUGCGGAAAGUCGGCCGACUUGGAAACCUUCCCCCAAACACCUCCAUGGCUCAGCUUCUCCAGUCCAUGAGCUGCCAGAGCUCCCACAACCUGGCUGGUAACAGCCAUCGUCCAGGUCUGAGUCCCGGUCCUGGGUCUGGUCCUCAAGGAGGGGCACAGCUGCACUACAACGACAGCACAGGUAUGGUCCCCAGUGGCCCUCAACAGAACUUCCUGGCUCAACAGAGGCUGCGGGGCCCUGGAGAUCCCAUGCAGCACUGCCAGAGCAUGGACACCUCUGGGGGUCACCUGGGCCCUCGUCAAGGCCAGUUUCCUGACAUGAUGGCCCAGAUGCAGGCCUCCUCUAUGAGUAACUGUGGACCUAUGGGACCAGGAGGCGGACCGGUGGGCCCUGACGGUAUGCCACUGGGUCGCCAAAACGCUAAUCCUCCACCACUGUCCCACCCGAGCCCUCACCCCUCACAGCAGAGUCUCCUUCAAGGUAUGGGACGGACUAACAUGGUGGUGAUGCCACAUGGAGGCGCUGAUGGGAGCUGUAAUCAGAGCAUCUCAGAUACAGGUGAGACAUCUGCUCUACAAUGACUGAAUUAUUUCAACCAGAGCAUUAUUCAACACACACACACACACUUAUUAUGGAUCAGCAUCACUUCCUGUCAGGAAGUUCUUAAGGCUCAGCUGCAGCUUUAAUGAUCCAGGUCCAGAAAUGACAUCUAACCUGCUGACUGUAGUAAUUCUUCCUGUCUCUGUGGAGGAGGCUGUGGGUGUCCUGUACUGUAGAGGACUGGUUAUGACGAGGUUGCGGGUAGAUGAAGGUGUGGUUUCUGUGGUUCUGAGUGAACUAAAACCAAAGGAUUUAGGUGAUAGGCCCCGAGCCGAGACAGUGGGACUCCUCCAGUAUGUGUGAGCUAAUGAGCAGGCCCCUCAUCUCUGGAAGCCCAGCUAAUUGUCAGUCAGCCAGUGUUUCUCUUUGUUUUAUUUGUAUGCUAGCAUCAGUCAAUGGUGUAAGAAGAUGGAAAUGGGAUCUGGAUCACGCUUUAAGGGAAGCGGCCCAGAUAGGGCGCUCUAAAGAGCUUCUCCCAGCUAGCUGGUCGCUAUAGUAACGAUAGAGCCUGAAUAGAGAGCUGAGUGAAGCCUUUGAUGAGGGUUUAGGCCUGUGUGUGUUUGAAUAACUGUGUGUGUACUACUUGUGUUUACAGUGUGUGUGUUUUAAUUUAUUGCUGUGCACAUGGAUGAUGUGUGUGUCACACUUUUUUCUUGUGAAAAGCCACAGAUCGAGUGUUUUUCCUCCCCAGCAGAAGAUGAGUUUCUGUAUUCACUGUGCGUCCAUGUGUCCUCAUAUGGUUUAUAAUGGAGAUAUCACCGAGGUCUGCUGCAGGCCACCUGUUCUUAUCACCAGGUGUCCUGUUAUCCCAGAUAUCGUCAGAGUCAUUCUAAUUCAGGUGGUCCUGUGCAGGUCAGGAGGCUGCCCCUGAUGAUUGUCUGCAGUCCUGAUGACACAAAUUUAAAGUGACGUUUCAAUUUGAAAAGAAAAGCAGAAAUGAUCGUUUUUAACAGCAUUUUCAUAAUAAUUAUAAUGAUGAUAACAAUAAGCUCCUAUGUGUUUAAGUAAAAAGUAAGUAAGUAAAGUUUAUUUAUAGAGCGCUUUUCACAGAUGAAGAAUCACAAAGCCCUGUACAUAAAAUAAGUGCAAUUAGAUAAACAAUAAUGGUACAAAAGAUCAGUACAUAUACAUACACAAAUACAAAUACAGUACAGGUGAGUACGGAAAUAAGAGCAGAUAUAAAAGAUAAGUAAAAGAGACAAACAAAACCCUUUUCAUUAAAAGUUCGUCUAAAUAAAAGAGUCUUCAACUGAUUUUUAAAAGUUUCCACCGAUUUGAUCGAACGGAGGGAGAGGGGCAGACCGUUCCAGUCUUUAAAGUCCGGUCUCCCCGUGUUUUAAAACGGGUCUUUGGUUCUGGCCUGAUGACUGAAGGGUGCGCUCUGGGGAGUAGGGGCACAACAAAUCAGUGAUAUACUGGGGGGCCUGACCAUGCAGCGCCUGUAAGGUCAGAACUAAAAUUUUAAAAUGAUUGUGAAAAUUGACCGUUAGCCAGUGAAGAUGCAAUAAGACAGGGGUGAUGUGGGCGUGUCUGUCAGAAGUCUGGCGGCUCAGUUUUGGACAAACUGAAGACUCUUUAUCACCACCUUAUUAAAACAAAUGAUAAAAACAGUUUAUGGUCAGCUGUCGUGAAUGACCCUCUGAAGACAUGAUCAAAAACAACCCCGAGGUUUCUGAGGCUGUUUACUAUUCUAAAAAACAGUCUAUUGGUCAUGGCUACAAUAUGCCCCUCUAAAAGCUAUAAAAAGAAAGAAAUAUGUUUCCAUUAAUUUGAAUAUUUUUGUGUGUUUAUACUCAAAAUAUGAGAAAAACAAAGACAUUUAUCCCCAACUCCAUCCUGUUAGAAAGAGCACAGAAAGUCCUCACAGUCUUCUGGGUUAGGACAGAAUAUUGUGUCAGCCAGUGGCAGAUGCGAUGCCGGACUUGAAGCUAAUUUGGAUGACAUGUUUUGGAUCUUAAGAGCACUCCAAUCUCUUUGAAAGUGGCCUCGUCAUUGGCUUUUUAGCAUUAGCCUCUAACCAUCUGUUUCCAGACAGCUAGCAAGCUUUGAACAACCCCCUUGCCCCCUCCUCCCUACUUUUGCCAUCAACAAACGCCCCAAAGUUCAUUGUAAACCCCCCAGACCUCCUGCCACCCAGCUGACCACCCCCACAUCCCCCAGCAGGGUAAAAUCACACCCCCGACCCCCGUAACCCCCCUCAUCCACCCACUGAACUCCCCCCUACAAGCUUCCUGCCAGUGGACAGCAACACCAAUCAUCACUCGGUUCCUAUGGCAACCUCCCCCGGCAACAGCCGUCACUAUAUCAUAGCGGUAGCUGAGGAUGUGGGGAGGAGGAGGGGGGAGGGGGGGGUUGGCCGAGCCGUGGCUCUCAGCGUUGGAGAGGAGAGGGUGAAAGAAAAGAGGAGAAAAAAAAUGGAGAGCACACACAGCUGCCCUUCAGCUACGUAGCAUCGCACCAGCUGCUCCAGUCGCCACUCGUCCACACACAUGCGCACACACACACACACGCACACACACACACACACACAGCGUCAGGCCUCAGAGAUUUUGUAUUUGCUUCCUCUUUGUCUGAACAACAUUGCUGCUGGGCGCUCUCUUCAUCCAUUGAUACGUCCGUGGCCUUCGUGGAUGUUGUUCAUGUUCUGUCCCCGCACGCUCCUCUAACAAGUCUGCCCGCACGUUGCAUCUGGCAGCCUGUCCGUCUGUUACUUCUGCUGCAACAGAUUGUUAAUGUGCAACUUUUUUUUUUUUCAGACUCAAAGGAUCUGUUGAGAUUUACUUUAACAGCCCUGCAGCUCAUUUAGCAUCGACACCUGCAAACUGAAAAAGUCUAAAUUUCACCUGAUUAUACAGAAGAAAUCUAAUUUAAGCCAAAACACAUGACUGUGUGGAGCUGUCACACUGUUAGCUCACAGAGUGGUGAACCUCUCCCUAUCCUCCCUCUCUGAAUGUCCUUUUUAGACCCAGUCAUGUGACUAACUGGUUGUAAAUUCACCUUGUUAGAUCUGCUCUUUCUUGAAAUAACAUUUGUCGUGACCUAAUCCUGUAUAAGUAAAGAUUGACUUAUUAAUUAAUUGAUAAACUUCUUUCUGAUGUUUUACUGUCUGUGUUAUUUGCGGCUGUUUUGACUCAUUGUGCAUGUCCAUGGUUCUGCAGGAAACCCGUCAUCCCUCGGUUGCGGUAUGGGCACUAUGCAGCCUCACGUAAACCCUGGAGGAAGUCAGAUGUACCAGCAGCAGGUCCACCAGGCCAUGCAGCAGGGGGUCAGCUCACACCCAGCCUACCAGGGGCAGCAGCACUUUUCUGACAACCCCCCCUACACAGACAGCAACAACGCCAACGCGGGCUCCAUGGCCUGCCUCUACCAGAACUACCAGGUGAGGAGUUGACCCCCGGAGGCUUAAAUAUUGUCGAUGAAAUCAUUCAAACCGUUUAGUAACCGCACUGUUGUGUCCACAGCAGGGGAUGUUGCCUCACCCACAAUUCCCAGAGGGGCAACAGCCUCAAGGGGAGGGGCUUCCAGGGGCCACACCGGGAUCUGACAGAGGCUCCGGUGGCGGCCCAGAGUCGGUUGAUGCAAUCUACCGAGCUGUGGUGGACGCCGCCAGCAAGGGCAUGCAUGUUACCAUAACGACCACGGUAAGCGGUACCACACAGGCGAGUCCAGUGCCCGCCCUCAGCGCCAUGAGUGCCUUCACCGCCUCAAUAGGGGAGCCUGUCAACAUCCCCAAAGCGGUCAGCACAGUCCUGCACGGUCACCAGGAAGGGGAGGGGUUAACUCAGCAGGCCAGACAGAGGCAGGUGAGGCCGGGUCAGGGUCCAAAGAACAUGGAUCCAGGAAAGAGCACUCCAGACGGCCACGAGGCCAACGAGUACUUCCGUUCUCCCGGACGUGGGACUCCCAGAGGGCAGUGGGACGGAGAGGGGCAGCACGGAGGAGGCUUCGAUGCUCAUAGCAACAACAGUGCCUGGGGUGGUGAGGAGUUUCUGGAGUGUUCCACACAGGUGAGGAGUAGUCCGUGCAUGGAGCGACCCGCCAGCCUGGCCCCCGCCCCACCCUGCCCCACUGAGGGGUCCAACGACCACGGCCUGGCGUUGGCCCAUGAAAAGGCUUUCCUGGAUGACAGCUAUCGCUUCAACAACUGCAGCCGGACUCCAGCGAACUACAAAGAACGCUUGGAGCAGACAGUGGAGCGCUGCGCCCAUAUUAACGGUGCCACCCCCCACUUUAACACCCGGGGUUACGGGGAGGUCCUGGGCCCCCCUCGCCAGGAGCUAACUGGGGAUGACCAGUCGCCCAGUUCUUCCACCAGCCUGGAGGGACCGCUGGCCACAGCCAAAGACUACAGCCACUACAACGGCCACUUCAACGGUAUGGCGCCCAGCCCCUCAGAUACAAAGAGUCUGAGCAGUGAGGAGGAUCUGCGUCAGCCCGACUCACCCUCCUCAGAGCUGCUGCACUACCGCUCCAGGACCUUCAACAUGGGGGAGCUGGUCUGGGGCCAGCUUAAGGGCUUCCCACCCUGGCCUGCCAAGCUGGCCGGGGACGAACAAGUGCACAGCGCUGCUAUGCAGCUGCGAGAGCAGGCCAAGGUGAGAAACCUCUCUGUGAACACCUGUCUCUGUUUUUACCUGCCAACGUAAAAGUUCAGAGUAGAUUGGACCACGAACAACAGGGCUGAUUUUAGCUGCUCAGCAACAAUGUUCCCCAUAAAUCUCCUCUAAGGAAGCAAACGUAUUUGUCCACAGCAGCAGCAGAUGGAUUCCAAAACGCUGCAAACAUUUUCACUGUUUUACCUGUGAAAAUAAGAGCGCUACUGCUAAUAACGACUGCCAAAAUAUCUGCUAGAAGCACAGCGAAAAUCACCAGGACUUGGUUUUGGCUGGUUUGAAAUCCUCAGACUGUUACCAAACAGUUUCUGCGUGUACUCAGAUGUUUUUUUUCUUGCCUUCUUUAUGCAGGUAGAGCCGGAGAAGCUGAAAACACUAACUCAUGACUUAGAGGCACUUGAUCGAGCCGCCAAAAGAGGCCUGAAGUAAGUGAGACUUCCCUAGACUGUAGAAGGAUGUCAAACUCUGUCUUUGCUGUUAGUUAAUUUUUAGUGAAGUUUCUGUUUCUUUUCACUUUGACCUGAGUAAGUAAUCUGAAUGUUCUUGUUUCCUAGCAGACAGGGGAAACUGAAUAAUCACUUGGAAGCUGCUAUCCAUGAGGCCAUGAGUGAGCUGGACAAGAUGUCGGGCACAGUGAGUAUUUGAUCACCUACAUCCAUGGAGGGGCGGAUGUUUUUAAUCAGGCUGUUUGAAUCACGUUCCUCCCGACGUGUCGUUUUUCAGAUCCCAUCGAGGGACCGUCAGGUGAAGCUCCCUAAGCCGAAGAGGAGGAAGAUAUCCAGAUAACAUUGAAUGUGUCGUCCUCAAAGCCUUCGGAGACUUCGUCCGAUCAGCCUUUGAUGCGAUCUGAGCUCUCUAACAGGUGCUACACAUGGACUUUCAGUGGUACAUCUUUGUUCCAUGAUUUCAACUUGACUUAAUGACUGACCACAGAAGGUGCUGGGAAUUCCAAUCACCAAUACAGUUUUAACUGUAGGGAAAAAAAAAAAAGAAAAGUAGAGAAAAACGUCAAAAAUGGUUGCAAUUUGUCUACAGCUCACUGAAUUAACUAUUUUUUUCUAGUAUAAGAUAGUAAAACAAACAAAAAAAAGCUACAAGCAUUACCUUACAUAUUUAAGAAAAUAGACAGUCCAAAUAUUUCUGAUACAUUUUCAAUAUGUAUAUAGAUAAUCCUGAAAUUUCAUGCUAUUAAGAAUUGUAUGUAAAUAUUGUACAAUGUCAUGUACAAGCAUACCUAAUGCACAUUUUAUCUUUUAUUGUACAAAAACAAAGCAGAAGUGUACCAAUGUCUUGGUUUCUAUUCAGAAAUGCGGCUGUAUACGGCCGCAUGCAUAGGAUAAAUAAGAAUACAGCCUAAAGCUUUUAUAUGACGAACUGUAAGACGUGCUGUUAGUUUGGUUUGAUUUAGUUCUUUUGGUUUGAUUUUGUAAGGGAACAGCAGUGAAACAGGCAUGAGUCUUUGAGUUCUCCAUGACGAAGGUCACUUCACGCCAGUUCAAGCGUUCGUUUGUUUUGGAUUAAAAAAAAAAGAAAAAGAAAAACAGAAUGAACUUUACCUGCAGAAAGUGUUCGAUGUUCCUCUGAGGGAGCGGGCUGGGAAAUCUCCAUCAGCCGGCCGCACUCAUGAUGGUCAGUUUUGAUCUGCUCCACCGGACACUUUGACAGAAACAUCAGGACAUUUGAAGAUCUGUAGGUUUGGUUGACAGCUCUUAAUAUUUGGGUUUACAGAUUCUGUUACGUCAAGUUAAAGAGAGUUGGUUACGUUCAUGUUCAGUGUGAGAAAUCCACCCUGAGGCACUCCGGAGUGUGUUGUGAUGUUCUCUGCUUCAAAAGGUUUCCAGAGAAACAUGGAAGAAGAUUUUAGGGACUUUAGGGGUCUGAGAGUGCGUGACUUUACAGCUGAAAUGACAUGAACGGUCAGAAUCAGUACAAAACCGUACUGAUAGUUUUUUUUGUUGUUUUUACAGGAAAUAAAAGCGUGGUUACACAUCCUCAGAUUAGUUUUCCUUUUUUGAUAUUUGAUAAGUUCGAUCAGUAGAAUCGUUGAAAUAAAAACAGUAGAUUAUUUGUUUUUAGCUGUUUGUAACUCCACAUUAUCAAUGUUGCAUGCACUGCAGUAACUGUCAGUGUCGCUGCAAAUAUAAAGACUUCAACAUUUGUCAUUGAAGUGACAUUUAAGAAAGCUGCUUUGUCGAGGCCCGUCAACAUUCAUGUGUUUAAAGGCACCACAUCAGGCCUGAGACCUUUGACCUGUGAUGAUCGUCCUUUAAUAUCUCCCUUAUUUAUGGUGAAAUAUCAGGAGAUAAUGUCGCCACGCUUCAAAAUUCAUAAUGUAGCAGAAACUUUGACCCAGAGAGCAUCAUCACAGCGUGACCAAGAGUGUUUUCGGGUGGAUUUUUCCUUUAUUUAUUGUGUUGUUUCUCAUGUUCUCACACUCGUCUGUCGGGUGGUUUUCCUCCAUGGCUGUCGUCGCUCCUCUUUUCUUCACAUCUUUAGUUUUGAGUGGAGUAACCAACGUCAGAGUCUAGUUAUCAUGACGAACACUAACUCAAGAGCAGCAAAAGUAUCUCUCUUAUUUAGGGGCCUUGUGUUUUUACAUUUUUUUGUCUUUUUGUUUUGCUUAUUGAUGUAAAUUAUUUAUGUACAGGACUCCAUAUUUAUUUUAAGCUUUACAAAUAUGCUAGAUGGCAAUAAUACUACCAUGAGUUGAGAACUCAAGCCUUAAAUGUGUAUAUUUCUGUUUUUCUUUUGUUCUUUUUUAACAGUGAAUAAUAAUAGAUUUUGUUUUCAGAGUCCAUUACAGAGGUCAUGCUCCAGUUUAUUUAAAAAGUGAGCAUUACAGCUGACACUUUUUUUUACAGAGAGACUUCCUGCUCAACUUGUUCUUGUUACAGAUUUUGUCAUGAUCAGAUAAAUGUUAAGACGUCUGCCUACGAGACCGUACUAUUUAUACUAAUGCACAUCAGAGAGAGGCAGACAGUGUUCAUGUUGUGUACAAACGCAGUUUUGACACUAACUAGCCACAAGUAAAACCCUGGAUCAGUCUUGAAAUCAACAGUAUUUGGAAAAGUCACUCACAGUUGCUCCUCCAGAUCAAAAAUGACCCAAAAUCACGACAAAAUGAUCAAGUGCAAUAUUCAAAACAACAGCAAAGAUCAACGGCUCACUCACUCUGCGUCUCUGAUUGUUUCCUCUGCACUGUAUGUCCUGUUUGUAGCAUCUCCUCUGACUUGAAAAUGCUCAGAAAUAUUCAAAACUUCCCAUUUUUCAUUCUCCUUUUUCCAAGCGUGAGAGCCACAAGUCACUAAGUUGUUCCUCAUGAAUAAAGUCCUAAUUUCAGGUUGAAAUCUCACUCUUUUUUUCCAUUUCGGUACACACUAAACCUUUAAAAGAGAGCUCCAGUAAAAUGUCACGCCUUGAAAAUCAAAGUACAACGCAUUUGGAUUGAAGCCCAAGCUUGAAAUACUUCUUAGUACUACUUUAACAACAGAAAACACUACUUCAUAGAUGUCCCACACUACAGUAAGCAUAUCCCAGCCUCACAUUCAAACUUCAUAACAUACAGUCCAGCAGCUUCAUAACUAUUUGCUUUUUUAUGUUUGAAAUGUUUGUUGUACUCCGAUUUAAAAAACAAACAUUUUCACUUUGUCUGUUGUGUGCUUGCUGAAAAACGCAGAACAUUUUGAAGAAGUCUUGAAUUUGCUGCAAACGUUGUCAGUAUUUAAAAGCAGCUCCUGAAGACAUCUCGAGGCCCGACCUGCUCAAAGAUGAACGAAACAAAAGAAAUCAGAAAACGUGACGUCCAGUGUCAAGAACACGAUCUCUUUCGGUAAAGUUCAUUCUGCCUAACCCCUUUCCCCGUUUUUUGUGCAAUUACAUGCAGGACCCCGUUCUCAUGUUGGGAUCCCAUGUGUUAUGGAUCUGUUCGAUCAGUUUCAUGUUAUUUGUGGUCAAGAGUUCAAAGCAUUUUUGUGUUUGAGAUGGUCUGUGCAGUCUAUUUUUUCCUCCUCUCGUCUGUUAUCGUGUGUGUUGAGGUGUGAGUGUGACUUUCAUUUUUAUUUCCCCUCUAGUGAACUUUGUUUUCUGCUCUCACCCUCCUCUCUCACCCUUUCAUUGUCAGUAUUUUAUUUUUACAACUUGUAAUUAAGUAUAUAUUUUCUCACUAAUAUAUACUUUACAAAAAAUAGACUUGCGUGAAGUAUGAUGUGCACUUGAUUGCUCUUGUUUAUUUUUCUUUUUGCAUUAAUGUGGGCUAGGGAUAGUUUGUCAGAGUCCAUUAUUUUGAGAUUGUUUGGACUUUUUUUAAUGGUUUGAUGUAAGCAGCAUUUUUUGUAAAUAUUGUGAAACAUUACAGGUCAUGCAGUGAUGUAACAUUUUGAACAAUGUUGCACAGAUGUUUAAGAUAUUAAAAACAUGGUCACUCUUACUUGAAUAACC